UCUGAUUAAUGCUAAAGUUUCUAUAUAAACAGAAGUCCAUAGGCAUACAGUUCAAGCAUUACUUGUCUCUCCUGUAGAAACAACGCAAAAGAAAUUCUGAUAAAAAUGUCUCUCUGCGGAAAGAUGGAAGCUGAUAUUGAAAUGAAGGCUCCUGCUGAGAAAGUGUUUGAAUUCUACACCUGCUUAGCUUACCAAAUGUCAAAAUCGAGCCCUGAAAUGCUUCACAGUGUUGAUUUGCAAGAAGGCCGGUGGGGGCAAAAGGGGUCGGUUCUCUGCUGGAACUAUUUAAUUGAUGGAAAAGUUGAAAAGAUUAAGAUGAUGACGGAGGAGAUAGAUGACAGAAACAAGUCGGCUACUUACAAAACAAUCGAAGGAGAGCUCUUGAAAUUCUACAAGACCUUCAAGUUCAUUCUGCAAGUUACUCCAAGGGAAGAGGGAAGCUUGGUGCAUUGGAGCUUUGAAUUUGAGAAGAUGAAUGCCAAUAUUCCAAACCCAGAAUCUACUUUGCCGGCCGUCGUCCAUGCGUGCAAAGACAUCGAUGUUCAUCUUACUCAGCAGCCCAACGCUCAAAGGUCUCCUCGACUUCAGUGUUACUAAUGAAAAUCUGCA